CUGUGCUGCGUGUAGAAGAAGUAACAUUUUGCAGCACAGGCUUGUAUUUCACACCGUCAGAACUAUAACAUUGACACUAGAUUCGUCGUAGAUGCAAUUAUUCUUUUGGGACCAGUUUUCUGACUCACUGUACUCUGACUAGAUAGUUUUAAAUGAGCGGACAGUGAACGCAGCAGGGGGCUGCACCGAGCAUUGUGGUUGAGUCCGUUCAAACCGUGUGGAGCAAAAAGUUCAUUGUUUUCCUGACGUUUCGCACACUUCUGUGGAGCACGGACUUUCUUUGAACAUCUGUUUGGGGUGGGGUGACGGAUUCAGCACCUUAUUUAGAAGAAGAAGGAUCUUUGUUGAUCUGAUGUCAAGGAAGCAAAAGCUUCACAGCUCAGUGUUUCAGCUUCACAGUAUGAAAGUCCACAGAGGAGCACAAAGGUGACGUUCCGGGCUCAUUUUAGCUCAGUGAUGUGGAGAUGGAGAGGCUCCACUGGGUACGACAUCGAUGUCGCCAGUUGUGGACAGCAGACACAGGUCGAGGUUUGUACUCUCCCCCUGACAGCAAACACUCUCUGGACCCCCAAUUAUCUGGACACAGUGUCAGCAAGAAGCGCCGAACGGUUUUUCCCCAGUAUGGGCCCCACCAGCAGGACCACCAAACCAUGUCCAAAGCCUACAAGGGAAACGCCAUCCGGACUACAAAGUACAGCCUGCUGACCUUCAUCCCCCUCAACCUGUUCCAGCAGUUCCACAGGGCCGCCAACCUCUACUUCCUGUUCUUGGUGUUGUUGAACUGGAUCCCUGUUGUGGAGGCGUUUCAGAAGGAAAUCACCAUGAUUCCUCUUCUGGUGGUUCUCACUGUUAUUGCCGUCAAAGACGCCUUGGAGGACUACAGGCGCCAUUUAUAUGACAAGAAGAUCAAUAACAACACGGUUGAAGUGUACAGUGGGCAGCAGAAAGCUUACACUGAGCGGUGCUGGAAGGACGUCCAGGUUGGAGACUUUAUUCGUCUUUCUUGCAAUGACAUCAUCCCUGCUGACAUGCUGCUGCUGUGGUCCUCUGACUCACACGGGGUGUGUUUCAUUGAGACGGCCAAUCUGGAUGGAGAGACCAACUUGAAACAGAGACAUGUGGUUCCAGAUCUCCCUCUGCAGGGCGAUUUCUCUCCUGAGACCUUCCACUGUCGUAUCGAGUGCGAGAAUCCCAACAAUAACCUCAACAGCUUCAGAGGCUACAUAGAGAACACCAGAGGGACUCGAGUUGGCCUCCAUCACAACAACCUGCUGCUGAGGGGCUGCACCAUCCGAAACACUGAGACUGUUGUAGGCAUUGUGGUCUACGCCGGUCAUGAGACUAAAGCUAUGAUGAACAACAGCGGGCCACGGUAUAAGCGCAGCAUGCUGGAGCAGCGGCUCAACACUGACGUUCUCUGGUGCGUCAUUCUGCUCGUCAUCAUGUGUCUCACCGCAUCCACAGGCCAUGGCCUCUGGCUAAAGCAGCUGAAAGACCCCGUCUUCAUGGCAGAUGGUGAGACCUCUCCGGCUCUGGCUGGCUUCUAUGUUUUCUGGACCAUGAUCAUUGUUCUGCAGGUGCUGAUUCCCAUCUCCUUGUACGUGUCCAUUGAGAUUGUGAAACUGGGCCAAAUCUACUUUAUUCAACAUGACCUGGAUCUGUACGAUGAGCAGCUGGACUCCAGUAUCGAAUGCAGGGCGCUCAACAUCACCGAAGACCUGGGACAGAUCCAGUACGCAUUCUGUGAUAAGACAGGAACGCUGACGGAGAACAAGAUGGUGUUCUGUCGCUGUAGUAUCUAUGGGAUUGAGUACUCCCAUGAGGAAAAUGCUCGGAGGCUGGAGGUCUAUGAGGCGGAGGCUCGCUCUGUGACUCUGAGGUCCGGCUGCAGUUCCAAGUCCCUGAGCUGUCGCUCGCUCAGCUGUAACCGCAGCUCUGAGUCUCUGCACACACUGGCCGCAGAGUCAGAACCAGACCAAGAACCACUGUCCACUCACAUCCAGCCCAGGACCAGCGCCUUCUGCAGCCGCACGGCGAAGGAUGUGGUUCCAGACCCGGAGCUGGUGAGGAAGCUGAGCCUGCUGUCCUCUCCUGUGGUGCCGGCACCUGAUGGCUCCACUGGGCCUCCGUCCUGCCUCGAGCUCACCUUCAUCACCGAUUUCUUUCUGGCUCUGGCCAUCUGCAACACUGUGGUGGUCUCCUCACCCAGCCAGCCUCGACACGCGGUCCCUGAAGCAAGGCCACCUCUGAUGUCUCUGGAAGACAUCAAGCUGAUGUUCCAGCGCUUCAGUUAUGCUCCAUUCUCAGCAUUGUCCAAUCUUUCCCCUCUUCAAACUACAGGUAGUCCUCAUAGCUUAGCUAGUAGGCUCUUUACCCGGGGGAAGACGAGUACCUUUACCGUCUCCCCAGACCCCAAUACCACAAGCACAACAGAAGUAUCAAACCCAAGUCUAGAAACGUCCAGUCUUAAGCAGAACAACCCUGACCGAGGCGAGGGAAGGAAUGCUACGACCCAACAAAUGCAAGACACUAAAAAAAAUCUCCAGAAUGAAAUGUCACUCUUAAGCGGGGCUUGCCAGGUUAAGGAAGACUUGACCAAUGAAUUGGACACUGACAGUUGUGAUGAUGAACUGCUGUAUGAGGCAGAGAGUCCAGAUGAGGCAGCGCUGGUCCAUGCAGCCAGGGCGUACCACUGCACCCUCCGAGGACGCUCAGCUGAGUGCGUCGUGGUGGACUUGCCUGGAGUUGGCUCUCUUGUUGUUCAGUUGCUCCAUGUACUGCCCUUUGACUCCAACAGAAAGAGAAUGUCGGUUGUGAUCCGUCAUCCCCUGACAGGACAGGUUGUGGUCUACACCAAAGGGGCUGAUUCUGUCAUCAUGGACCUAGCUGAAACACCUCAAGGUGCAGAGCAGACACAGGAGAGCUACGGUUCUAUCAGAAACCGAACCCAGAGUCAUUUGGACAACUAUGCCAGACAAGGUCUUCGCACACUCUGCAUUGCUAAAAAGAUUGUGGAGGAGGACAAGUAUGAAGUGUGGCUGAAGAGACAUCGGCUAGCUGAGAACAGCAUCGAGAACAGAGAGGAACUGCUGUUGGAGUCAGCACAGUCCAUGGAGACCAACCUCACUCUGCUGGGUACCACAGGGAUUUUGGACAGAUUGCAGGAGGAGGUCCCAGAGACCACUGAAGCUCUACAAAAAGCUGGAAUCAAGAUAUGGAUUCUCACCGGAGACAAACAAGAGACAGCUAUCAACAUCGCCCAUGCAUGCAAACUUCUCCGUACCAGUGACCAGCUUCUGACUGCCAACUGUGGAAGCAAGGAAUCCUGCGCCGCUUUGCUUCAGGAGCUCAAAUACGAAGUGGAGCACGCUGAGGAGGGUGUGGCUGAAGUGAUUCUUGUGAUUGAUGGCCGGACACUGGACUGGGCUGUGCAGGAGGAUCUCCAAGGUGACUUUGUGGAACUGAGCCGCCGCUGUAAGGCAGUGAUCUGCUGUCGCUGCACUCCACUGCAGAAAAGUCAGGUGGUCCAGCUGAUCAGAGACCAGCUCGCUGUUAUGACCUUGGCUGUAGGUGAUGGAGCCAAUGAUGUGAGCAUGAUCCAGGUGGCUGAUGUCGGCAUUGGGAUAUCUGGUCAGGAGGGCCUGCAGGCUGUCAUGUCCAGUGACUUUGCCAUCUCCAGGUUUAAACAUCUACGUAAGCUGCUGCUGGUCCAUGGACAUUGGUGCUACUUCCGUCUAGCCAGCAUGAUUCUCUACUUCUUCUACAAGAACAUAAUGUAUGUCAACCUGCUGUUCUGGUAUCAGUUCUUCUCUGGCUUCUCUGGGAGCAUCAUGACCAACUCAUGGUUGCUGAUUUUAUUCAACCUGCUCUUCACCUCUGUUCCUCCUCUCGUCUACGGGAUGCUGGACCAAGAUGUGGCUGCCAACACACUCAUGGAGCUGCCUGAGUUCUAUCAGGCUGGGCAAACCUUGAAGGUGUAUGUUCCUGUCAUGUUCUGGCUGACGGUCCUUGAUGCUUUCUACCAAAGUCUCAUUUGCUUCUUCGUGCCUUACUUUGCGUAUGCCGGUUCUGAUGUGGACCAGCUGUCGUUUGGUUCUCCAAUUAAUGCCUCAGCUCUCUUCAUCAUCUUGCUGCACCAAGUCAUCGAGAGUCACACUCUGACCUGGCUACAUGCACUUGCACUGGUGGUUAGUGGCUGUUCCUACUUUGUCUUCGUGCUGAUCUUCAGCAAGUGCUGUGUGACCUGCAGCCCCCCCACCAACCCUGUGGGAGUGGAAAUGAUGCAGAUGUCCCACCUGCUCUUCUACCUGGUGUGCACUCUCACAACUGUCACGGCACUGCUGCCCAGACUUUUGUUUCGGGCGCUCUGUAACACCUUGAAUCCACGGGCCUCGCUCACAGCUGCUCACCUGGACCACCUGGAUUCAAAGACGCAGUGCUGGAACCUGAAUCAGGGUGGAGCACAGGACUGAUGCAGCAUCACACUGAGACCUCCACAAAUCCAGAAUCCUCAGGGAUACAGGCAACUCGCAGAACCUUUGAGACGUGUGUGCAGCAGCCAUGUGCAUCGUGGGCAAAAGCAAAGUGCUCUGAGUUCCCUCCAAGCCGCCCAGCAGCCGCCCCGCACUGUCUGCUGCAGGGCUCCAGACUGCCACCAGAGCCUGCCAGUUAAAACUUCACCUGGCUACAUUUGUACACGUGCAUGAUGAACAUCUGUUUUCUUGGCAGUGACCGCUGACCGUCGCAGUCGUCAGGCUACUUUACAAAAUGCGACAGAAAUUUCUGGGUUAUUUAAGCACUUGUGUGUGGAGAGAAAGAGGAGGAUGUGCACGUUGAUGGAAUGGAGCAGUCCACCUUCUGCUCCACUCAGACUGGGGCCCAACACACGGCAGCUCAAGUGUCUUCACUCACUCGUCUUCAACCACUUACUCCAAUUAAGGUUCGCGGGCACCUGGAGUCUAUCCCAACAGUCACAGGACGUGAGGCGGGUUCACCCUGGACAGGACGCCAGUCUGUCA